ACGCGCUACAAACAGCCAGCCUGUUGAAUAUAGUUAGCCUGCGAUUUAGAUUUUUCGGUAGAAGAGCGAUAACUAAUUUGAAAUGUACAAAUAAACAUUUGUUAUGCCAUGUAACGGACAGAAUGCUCUAUGACCGAGUGUCCAAACCGCAACUUCCCGUUAACGUGGCUGGCUACUAAAACAAGGCGCAAACACACAUUUUCCAACAUGUUAAAAUUCAGCUUCAAGAGGGACAAAGACAAGGAGUUUAGGCAUAUAGCUCAUGGUCUGAUCCCUGCCGCCUCCAUUGCUCCUAAGCCAGCUGUGCCUCGUACCCCUCCCCCACGCAGCCCAAACCCCUCACCUGAGAGACCCAGAUCAGCGUUAGCAGCCGCCAUAUUGUCCUCUUCCCUCACUGGACAGACGUGGGCCAUCCCUCCUGCCCGGCCCAGGUCUUUCUCUGAGAGUGACCGAUCUGAAUCCUUCAUAUCAGAACCAAAUAUCAGCACUGCACUUUACACCAGAGACAGAAGGUCAGAGGAUUUAGCCAGCCGGCCACGCCUGUCCUCCCCUGACAACUCAGAGGGGGAGUUGGAAGACAAGGAAGAGGAGGCAGAGGAUGAAGAGGAUGGGGAAGAACAUGUUUACCAAACUCUGGAAAGACCGGAGAAUUGUUCAAUCACAGAACCAGUCUAUACUCUGCCACUAAAAACUAAGCCACCUCAGAUGUCUGGCAGAAGAGUGCCUUCUCCAGAUCUCUCAGAGGAAAUCAGUGGCCAGUCUGCUGAUGCCAGAAAGAAGAAAGCAACUGUCAGGAAGAACCCUGAAAACUGGAAAGACGAUGUGCUAUUUAGGUCCACAAACCACAUCCGAUCCACUGACCAACCCAGCCAAGCCAGCCAAGCCAGCCAAGCCAAAAGCCCAAAACAUCUCACCCAUGUGUCUCCACAGCCAAGCAAGAUAUAUAGUGAGGUGCGGAAGGAGGUAGUGCAGGGCCUACCGAAGAAGAACAAAAGGAUGGUAGAUGAACCAAAGCUACUAGAGGAGAGAGUGCAGCGCCUGGAACAGGAAAUCAGUCACAGCCAAGCCUUCUCAAACCUGAAAUCCUCUGCAGACAGCCAGGCAGAGCUACAAAAUUUGAGGCAACAUGCUCAGGAGCUGGUGGAUGAAAAUGAUGUGCUCAAACUGACAGUUCACCGUCUGAGUGUGGAGCUGAGCCACUACCAAACCCGCUUCAGACCAUUGUCCAAACAGGAGCACUCCAACAUCAGUGGCUUACCAAAGACGGGCUCCCCUUCUCCCCGGCUGCUUGACACAAAGUAUUUUUCUCCUCUGCUGCUGGCUUAUGAAGACAGGAUGAAUGAGAAGGAUGCUCUUCUGCAAACCACUGAGGAGGAGGUGAAGAAGUUGCGUGUUCAUGUAGAGGAAGUGAUCAAAGAAAAUGAGAGACUCCAUGAUGAAGUUGCCAAGGUUGGAGUGGUCAGCAAGAAGGACUGUCAACAACUUCAACAACAGGCCUUUCUGGUUUUGCAGGAGAACCAGGAUCUAAUUGAUCAGCUUGAGGCUCAGAAUGCUAAGGCCAAGACCAAUCACAGGAAGCACCGCUCUGAAGUAACAAAGGUGUCUAAGCAGCUAAUGCUGUUAGAAGUGGAAAAACAGCGUUUGCUGGAGGAACUGGAAGAGAGCAGGAGGGAGAUGCGUAAACAUACGAAGGAGGUUGAAGUUGUGCAGGCUCGCCUGAAGGAUGCUGUCACCUGGGAUGAACACUGCAACAUUGCUGGGAAACUCCGAAGACAGUUGGAGCAGCAGGAGAACAGUAAUAAGAGGGAAAUGGACGAAUUGCUUCUUAGAGUGUCCAGUCUACAGGAGGAAAAUAGGAGUCUGGCUCUGGAUAAAGCCAACCUGACUUCUGAUAUCCAGAGAAAGGAGGCUGAACUGGAGCUCUGCAGACAAGCUAACAGGAAGGUUGAGAGAAGGAUGAGUGUACUGAAGCAACAAAAGGACGAGUGUGUGUUGAAGGAAGAAAAGACUCGGCAUUACCUGGGAGCUGUCAUUUCUGUGGCAGAGCACAUUUCCCAGGAGAGAGACCAGCUAUUACACACGGCUUCGGCUCUUCAGCAGGAAAAGCAGGGAUUCAUCAGCAGAGUUCUGAACGGCACAGUUCGAUUUGGAAAGCUACAGGAAGAGGUCAAAGUGUACCGGAGGCAGGCGUCAACCAGACUGGCAGCGUUGGAGGAGGCAGCGGAGGGAAGGACAGCUUCUUACCAGAGGGAAAUCCUUCACCUGCAGAGGCUGCUAAGAGAAAGACAGGAGGCUGAGGAGAAACUGCUGCAGUCCAAACGGGACGUAGAGGAGGAGCUGGAGGUGGUGUGGCAGGCAGCAACAAGGGAGAAUCAGCAGAUGAGGGAGACUCUUAUGGAUUCAAAAUUGACCGGGGACCUCGGUGGUAACAUCUCUCCUGGCUGGCCUGCUGAGGUUUCAAAUGAGUACACCAAAUCUGCCCAGCAUCAGUAUAAAAAUGGACUGGAUUAUUACUGCUAAAAGAUUUGGAGACAUAAUCUGUUGGUUUUUCUGUCCACUCACACCCAGAACAGGCUGUUUAGAUAACUGUUGACAAGGUGAAGUCAACGUGUGAACCUACAGACACAUAACAGCAUGACUUUGCUUCUCUAAUGAAACCAUUAUAAACUUGAACCAUCCUUUGUAUCAAACUCAGCUCUUUUAACUGUAAUAAUAUCCAUGUGUUAGCUGAACUCUCUCUGGUAGGAGCCAGCCUUUGCAAAUAAAGGGAGAGGAAAUGGAAGAAGCACCAAGUAAAACAGUAAACAUAAUAAACA